UCCCGUUUUCUCUCCCCUCAGCGGCGCGGGGCGGCGGUUGGCGGCGGCGGCGGCGGCUGCUGCGCAUCACGGGCCACAUCAUCGCGGGGGCUGCCCGCCCUCCAGCCGCUUCCGCGCCUGCUCAGUGGCGGCGGCGCUCACCUAGCUCCGGAGCUGUCACCGCCGCCGGGCUGGUCCCUCCCUCCCUCCCUCCCUCCCCGCCCGCCGCAGCGAUGGAGCGGGACGGCGGGCCGCUGCCGGCAUCGCCCUCGCUCAGAUCCAGUCUUGCUUAUGGAAUUGUUGACGAUCUGAGAUCAAUGAAAAAACAUUUUUGCAUGCAAAAAAGGAUCAUUUUGGUUUAUCUGUUUUAAAAUCAAGUGUGGCACUCGAUGACUCAUCUACAAGAUUUCUUUGCUGACAUCUGAAGAACAAAGUGCUUUUCAACCUGUACUUCUGUAGCACUAUGACUAACUGUAAAGGCAGAUCUACUGUCUCCAAAACAAGUAGUAAAGUUCAUGACAGAGAAGGUUUUGUAAACUGGACCAUAAAUCUUAAUACAAUUCAGUCUGAUAAAUUUUUGGGACUGCUUUUGAGUAUGGUUCCUGUUGUUUACCAAAUAAACCAGGAUGAAAGACACAAAAAAGUGAAUGGUGUCUGGCAAGAUGGAUUACAACCAGCAGGACACAAUUUUAAUGUUAGAUCUGAACAACACACAGAGUACCAUCACUUCUCAGAACUGGGUUUUCAUGGUAGUAAUGGACACAGCCCAUCUAGCUGUAGCCCUAAAUACGAUAAUUUUACCAGUUAUAAUUACUGUGAUGGAAUGGACACUUCAGAAACAGAUGCCAUGUUGCAGGAAGACAACCUAUCCAGUGACAGUAAUGAAGAUAUCAUUGUGGAAGGAAGUAGAAAACAACCCAAAGAAUCUAGUAGUAUUAUGGCAUUACAGAUACUCGUACCUUUUUUGCUAGCAGGAUUUGGAACUGUUUCUGCUGGCAUGGUUUUGGAUAUUGUACAGCACUGGGAUGUGUUCAAGAAUGUUACUGAAGUUUUUAUCUUGGUUCCUGCACUUCUUGGUCUCAAAGGAAAUUUGGAAAUGACCUUGGCAUCCCGGCUGUCAACUGCUGUUAAUAUUGGAAAAAUGGAUUCUCCCAUUGAGAAAUGGAACCUAAUAAUUGGCAACUUGGCCUUAAAACAGGUUCAGGCAACAGUAGUUGGUUUUCUGGCAGCAGUGGCAGCAGUUAUAUUGGGCUGGAUUCCAGAAGGCAAAUAUCGCUUUGAUCAUUCAGUCCUUCUGUGUUCUAGCAGUGUAGCAACUGCCUUCAUAGCUUCUCUUUUACAAGGAAUAAUAAUGGUUGGAGUUAUUGUUGGAUCAAAGAAGACUGGUAUUAAUCCUGACAAUGUUGCCACUCCUAUAGCAGCAAGUUUUGGAGAUCUUAUCACUCUUGCUAUACUAGCAUGGAUAAGUCAGGGUCUUUAUACUUGCCUUGAGACAUAUUUCUAUGUAUCUCCUUUGGUUGGUGCCUUUUUUUUGGCUCUGACUCCGAUGGGGAUUGUCAUAGCUGCCAAACACCCAGCUACCAGAACUGUCCUCCAUUCAGGAUGGGAACCUGUCAUAACUGCCAUGGUUAUAAGCAGUAUUGGUGGCCUUAUUCUGGACACAACUGUAUCUGAUCCUAACUUAGUUGGAAUUGUUGUUUAUACCCCAGUAAUUAAUGGUAUUGGUGGUAAUCUAGUAGCUAUUCAAGCUAGCAGAAUUUCUACCUACCUCCAUUUGCAUAGCAUUCCUGGAGAGCUGCCAGAAGAAGCCAAGGGUUGCUAUUAUCCAUGCAGAACUUAUUAUGGUACAGGAGUAAAUAACAAAUCAGCCCAAGUUCUGCUUCUUUUGGUGAUUCCUGGACACCUGAUUUUCUUGUACACUAUCCACUUAAUGAAAAGUGGACACACUUCCUUAACUCCUAUCUUUAUAGCAGUAUAUUUGUUUGCAGCUCUGCUACAGGUGUUUACUCUGUUAUGGAUUGCUGACUGGAUGGUGCACCACUUCUGGAAAAAAGGAAAAGAUCCUGACAGUUUUUCUAUCCCUUAUCUUACUGCACUGGGAGAUCUGCUUGGAACUGCCUUAUUAGCGAUAGGUUUUCAUUUUCUGUGGCUCAUAGGUGACAGAGAUGGUGAUGUUGGAGACUAAUUAUUCCAAUGGAUGCAAUGACUUUUCCUGGAAUAUUGACAAGACCAAUCAUUCCACUUGAAGGUCCUCAAAGUGAUCGUUCCAUUUGGUAUAAGUAAAUCAAGUUGACACAGUUAUAAAACAGCCUUAAUGAUUUUAGUUUGGUUUGCUUUUAAAAAAAACAGGAUGGAACUAGGAGGAUACUUGAGACCUUUACUCUGAAACCGAGGUGGAUUGCUGCUAGUUGAAAACAUCUGAGUAGACACAAUGAAGGGCAGAUCAAUCUUUUAUCAAGUUUUACAUUUUUAAAAGGUCUGGUCUUUUAAAAGAACAGUUCCUUACCUGCAUUGCAAACAAGAACAAUCUCUAAUUGCUCAUUCAGUGGUGAUGAAGAAGAGGGUAAGACCCAGUCAGUGGCUUGCCUUGUCUUUCCCUCCCGGGAACAAAGUGGGUAUAUAUUUUCAUCUUACCACAGAAGUGGUUAGUAGACCUCAGAUGAAUUCAGUUUCAUAGACAUUACCUGAUUAGUUGAUCAUAUGUUCUUAUCUUACAAUUUCAGUGCUGUGCCUCUCUGACCAUUGCAGACUUGAUAUCAAUAAUAACUGUUAUGGUGAUUUGAACCCUUAUUGUCUAAACAAUUUGUCACUUUAUUUUAUGUAUACUAAUAUGACCAUCAACAUUUAUAAAAUUAGACACUUGAAAAGCACUUUGUGCUAAAAAGAGCAACCUAAUUAUUUUGCUGUUGUGAUUUAUUAGAACAAGAGCAUAGUAAAGACAAAUAAUGUGACUCUGACCUGAUCAAUAAUAAUGGAUGAAUGAUUAAAACUCCUUGUGUUGGAAAGUGUAUUUUCAUUUAGCAGCUGAAAAGCUAUUUAACUAACUGAUAUUAAUGUUGUGAUGGCCAGUAUCCUGAUUUUAAUGACGUAUUUAGAGGUGUUGAUUCAAGUGUAAAUACUGAUCCCUGAUUAAAACUUGGGGUAUAAAAGAUUAUGUUUCUUUUUUAGGCACUUAGGAAGUUACAUAAACUUCUAAAAUUCCAGAGCUAUCUAUGUCAUCCAUUUCUAAGCAGAAAUCUCUGCUAACAGGAUUUCUGUUUUCAAACUGUGGAAGUAAUAUGGUCAAUAAGGAAAAUGACUGCUUCUAAAUAAUUUCUCUUAUUUGUAUACCUCAAUAUUUCAAAUAAUACAUUGAUUAUGAGGACUCUGGUUGCCACUUUGAAAAAAUGUGCUAAUUGCUCUGUUUUAAAGUCUAGUGGGAGUUCCUCAUGGCAUAUGUUUUUAAAGACUAUAGCAUACAUCCUAAAUGCAUAAUUAAAUAAACAAUUCAUAUUUUAAAUGUUGUGAUUGAAAGUUUUAAAUUUUGAGACUUAAAUCAGACAGCUAAAUCCAUAUAUCAGCAUAUGUUGUAGUCCUGUAAACAUUAGUCAUGUGAUUUAUACAUAUAAAACCUCCCUUUUAAUUUGAUGGACCUACUCAGAUGAAUUGAAUUAUAUGGAUAAGUGUUAAUGGGACUUCUAUAGGUGUCGGUCACCUUAAACUCUGUGGAAGUUGGAAGUGUUUGCAAUUCUGAAAAUUAAACCAGCUAUUCAGUGCCUACACAUGGAUUUAGAUGCCUGACUUUCAGCUCCCUCAUUUAAACACUUUUAUUUAAGCUUUUUCUUACUGUUAUGAUAAUAUAGUUGUUUGAAUGAAUCAUAUGUAUUAUGUCUUUUAUUAUGUGAGAGAGAUGAAAUCUAACUUCAGGUUCUCUGACUUUUCUUAGUUUGUAUUAAUGUUAUUUAAAAUAGUUUCUUGUAUGUAGCAUUGUGGGAAAUACUCCUAUUAAAUUGUUUAAAGUGGACUAGAUGUAACUGAUGUUUUAAUUUUUUUUCUUCAAUAAUGGUUAUUUAUUUUUGGUACAGAUGUAGAUGCAAAUUUUUUUAUUCUGAUAGAACUGCCAUCUGAAUCAACUAAGCUGCCAUUUCAAGAACUUUUCUCAUUAAAGUUACUGGAUUUUAAGGUCCUUUUUAAAUGAAUUUCAAGAUUCUUAAAAAUUAAAAUUUCUUGAGAUA